GUGGCCCGGCCCGGCUCCGCCCCGCCCGGCGGAGGUGACGCACCGGGCCGGCGGUUCCGGCGCGCAGGAGGAGCCCCGGGGCCGCUCCGCCGCCCGCCCGGAGACAGAGCUCAGAUGAAAUCAAAAGAACGAUAAAGUUUGGAGGAAAAAAAAGAAGCUGCGGUCGCUUUCCUGGUCUGCAGUUUGGCAGGGCAUUAAGAUGUCCGUGGACAUGAACAGCCAGGGCUCUGACAGCAAUGAAGAGGAUUAUGACCCUAAUUGCGAGGAGGAGGAAGAGGAUGAGGAUCCUGGGGAUAUUGAGGAUUAUUAUGAUGGGGUAGCUAACGACGUGGAGCAGCAGGGAGCAGAUGCCUUUGAUCCAGAGGAAUAUCAGUUCACCUGCUUGACUUACAAGGAGUCGGAGAGCACUCUGAAUGAACACAUGGCCAGCUUGGCUGCCACGUUAAAGGUAUCACAUGCUGUUGCAAAGCUAGUAUUAGUUAGUUUCCACUGGCAGAUCUCAGAGAUUUUGGAAAGGCACAAGUCUAAUGCUGCCCAAUUGCUAGUAGAAGCACGAGUUCAGCCCACCUCAUCCAAACAUGCAAUGGUACAUUCCUCCCACCACUGCGCCGUGUGCAUGCAGUUUGUCCGGAAGGAGAACUUGCUCUCUCUGGCUUGUCAGCACCAGUUCUGUCGCAGCUGCUGGGAGCAGCACUGUACAGUGCUCGUCAAGGACGGGGUUGGAGUCGGGGUCUCCUGCAUGGCUCAGGACUGCCUACUUCGGACACCAGAAGACUUUGUGUUUCCAUUGCUGCCUAGUGAAGAGCUGAAAGACAAAUACAGGCGCUACCUCUUCAGGGACUAUGUGGAGAGCCAUUACCAGCUGCAGCUGUGUCCUGGUGCAGAUUGCCCUAUGGUCAUACAGGUACAAGAGCCAAAAGCCCGGCGAGUGCAGUGCAAUCGUUGCAAUGAGGUCUUCUGCUUUAAGUGUCGGCAGAUGUACCACGCGCCCACGGACUGCGCUACCAUUCGGAAAUGGCUCACCAAGUGUGCAGAUGACUCUGAAACAGCCAACUACAUCAGUGCUCACACUAAAGAUUGUCCCAAGUGCAAUAUCUGUAUUGAAAAGAACGGAGGCUGCAAUCACAUGCAAUGUUCCAAAUGCAAGCAUGACUUCUGCUGGAUGUGUCUGGGAGACUGGAAGACUCACGGCAGCGAGUACUACGAAUGCAGUCGGUACAAAGAGAAUCCUGAUAUUGUAAACCAGAGUCAGCAAGCACAGGCCAGGGAGGCCCUUAAGAAGUACUUGUUCUAUUUUGAGAGGUGGGAGAACCACAAUAAAAGCCUGCAGCUGGAGGCACAGACAUACCAACGAAUCCAGGAGAAAAUCCAAGAAAGAGUUAUGAACAACCUGGGGACAUGGAUAGACUGGCAAUACCUACAAAAUGCUGCAAAACUACUUGCAAAGUGUCGUUACACCCUGCAGUACACAUAUCCGUAUGCCUACUACAUGGAGUCUGGUCCCAGAAAGAAACUGUUUGAAUACCAGCAGGCCCAGCUGGAAGCUGAAAUUGAAAAUCUCUCAUGGAAGGUGGAGCGAGCAGACAGCUAUGACAGAGGGGACUUAGAGAAUCAGAUGCACAUAGCAGAGCAGAGACGGAGGACCCUGCUGAAAGACUUCCACGACACAUAAGACAGGAGGAAGUGACGAAGUGCAGGGGUGAGAGCAGCGAGUGAAGUGAUGGCAGCUUCACUGGGAUAAGCAGGCACUGCCUCUGGGAGAACAUGGCCAAGGACAAAGCCACCCCUCCCCUUGCAAGUCAGACACAUGCAAACACCACAUCUUAGUCCAGUUUGUUCUCUUAUCUUUCUGUUUCUGUUUCUGCCAGGCUAGAGGCCAGAGCUCAGAUUGGCAUAUUUCCUGGGCCAUUUCCCUCCUGCCUUUGAUGGUUUCAGAAGGGGAGGGAGUUUUUCUCUGAAUGGCUGUUAAUAGUAUUAGAUCAUUACAGUUUAUGUAAUUUUCAACGGUUGUACAAUUAUACAGACAAACCUUAGAAUAACACACAACCCUUUUUAAAAAUAAAUUGGCAGUGGAGUGUUUUUCCUUAAUCUGCUUGUAAAUUUAAUGGGCUUUUCCCCCUCUCCCUCUCCCUUCCUCUGACCCAAAAAUCCUCCUAGGCACUGGAGGAGGUUACAAAAUAUCUCAGCUAUAUUUCCCGAUGCUCCUUUAACCAGGGCAUUGUAGCAUUGGCAUUGCAUGAGGAGAGUGGCUGGUGUUAAGGGUGGCUGCUGCUGUGUCUGGCCCGACAGUACCAGCAGUGGCUGUUAUUCAGUAUGAUUACAUGUGACAUCUCUUUUCUUGUCAAUCAGCUGUGCAAAAUCCAGCUACACAAACAGAAGCAAACAGAGGAAUUUCAAGGGACAGACCAGGUUAACAUUGGGGGAUAUGCCUUGAGUUUGAGAGAAAUCAGAUUCUGCAUUUGAUGGAUUUUAGGUCUUCCAUGUAGAUUUUUGCUUUACUUGUUUUUGUGGGGAGGAUGUUGUAUUGCCAAAGUGAGUGAUGAAGGAGUAGUAGCAUACAGUUGUUAAUCAAGGCUUGGGGCUUUUGCAGAGUGAAAGAAUCCAUGUUAUAACAGUGCCAUGCAGCCUGGUAAAGAUUAUUUGUGCCUCCUGGGUAGCAUGGCUAAGAAAAUUUGAUUUCAUUCAUUAAAGUGAGACUGAAUACCACUACGUUAUGAGGAAGAAAGAUUAUGUACAACACACUCCCUGGCACGUGUUGGCAAUGUGGUUGGGCACUUGAAUACAGGUGCACUACUCGUGCAGGGCCUGCACAAAGCCAGGCAGAAAAUUAACUAGCAAAAUUAAUUUAUUUGUAUAUUAGUAUUGAUGCUGGUGGGGACUUAUCAGAAAAUUGAUUGUUAGGAGCAUGUGGAGCUUUUUUAUUAACAUUCUUUUUUCUAAUGUAAAAUAUACACUAAAAUAAAAAUAUGAAAACCUAGUUCAUCUUAGUAGGGGUUAACAUGAAAAAGAUUGCUUAAAUGCUGAUCCUUGCCUGUCUGCUACAGGAAGCAGGCCACAUGUUAGUAUUUCACAGGCAUGUGUGUCACCUGCACCAGGAGCUUGUUGUUUGCAGCCAAAGGUACAGCCGGAGUCUGAUCUGAGGAAAUCUUCACCUCUGUGGGGAACUCACAGGAUUCUCUUCCAUGCUCUAUGUGGAAGUGUUGCCUUUGAUCUAUCUCUGUAUUGUUCUUAUGCAAUGUCACUUGAUAAAGAUUAAACUGGAGGGG